GCUGUGCACACCGGAGGCUACUGCGGUAAGAUGCGGCGGCGCACGAUGCCGAGCCGCGGCGGAUGAGAUGAUGCGCAAUGGCUGAACGAGUCGGGAGGAGAGAGCGAAAAAAAAAGAGGCUGUGCUCUGAUUUAAACGAUGGGACAGGACUGAAUGGAUGUUCGAGCGAUUUGUAACGUUUGUGGUGCAGGCCGAGUAGAAAGAUGAGGCGGCGCUGAUUCCACUUUAGGAUGCUCCAGAGCCCGAGAGGAGGGAGAAUAGGCUUCGUCUGUAAACAAUAAGGAAGCAGAGGGGCAUUAAGUAAAGGACACUUAAUCCAGAGCCUGGACCUGAGACCCCGGGGCUUCGAAAAAGGGUGCUCUGUGACAGCUGAGUCAGUCCUCAGUGAGGAGAGGCCAGUGAACGGGGAGGGCGGCGAAGCUCUGGAGACAGCGUCACUGAGCGUCAGCCUGGAAGAAAACAAACUUCUCAUUUCCCUUGCUCUCAUCAGCACUGACAGCUGGACAUCACACCUGCAUGUUUCUCUUCUUCGUCAGGAGACUCUCUAAGUUGAGGAGUUAUAGAUGCAAACAACCGCAGGUCGCCCGUCAGAAAAACAACUGAUUCUGUCUUCAGAUGCAGUCAGAAUGAUCUGCUAAGAUAUGAGAUUACAAGGAGAUUCAUCUCCCUCCGGCCAUGUUAGGAAAACAUCGUCUUCGGUACCACUGUCAGAAUUAAUCAGUGAGAAAUCUGUUUUAGCUGUUUCAUAGUGCCCAGUGAUUUUUUUAGUUUUUUUUUUCUAAAUGAUGAUCUUUUUACCUUUGAGCUGUCAGGCUGUGAAUCAAGAAUACAUUCUUGAUUGUGGCAGCGCUCCCUCUCACAAAUGAGAAUUCAACUUGAGCCGACAGGCUGCAUUUUAAUAAAGGAUAAGCAAAAACCAACCAAUAAAACAUAGAUGAGGCCCACAACAAGCACUAUGCUCCAGCAGAAUAAUAACAACAACUACCCGUGCCUGAGCAUGUCAGGCUCUAGCCGGGAGAUGCUCCAGAAAUGCUCCAGAGCCUCUCUGCCCUUCCCCAGCCGACUGGAGCUGGGACUGGCAGAUCUGCCGCUCAUUCGGGGUCUCCGAGCCUGGGCCCUGUGUUCCAGGAAUCGCCACAAGACUGCUAAUCUGCUGGGAGGAGGACAAGCACCCGCAGCUCCUCCUGCAGGUCGAGGAAGUUCAGCGUCCUGCCCCAGGCCUGCAGAUGUUUGCCUGAGUGGCGAGUGGGGUCGCAUGGGAUAUGGGCUUCCGCUGGGGGUGGACAGUAGGCAGGCUGGAAUCGGAGCUUUGGUAACAGUUGCCACUCUGAAGACCUCAGAGGGCAGCGGGAAGACUCAGACUCAGUGUUUGUUCCUCCGGACUGAGAAAGGAAGCUGUUUGUAUUCAGCAGCUAAGCCCAACUCUGGAGUGACAACCAGUGCAGCAUCCAGUGUGGUUGGAGGAUGGCUGAGAGGAAAGACUGGAGUAGGAGGAGGACGCAGAGACACUCCAGCUGGGCCAACUCCACCGGCACAGACUGGAGCAAACCGGGUUAGGGUGCGAUCGGGGCGGAGAUGGAGGAAGUCUGGCAAUGCAGCGGGCCGGGAGAAAACAGGCGUGAGCAGAGAGAGGCAGCAGAGGAGCAGGGAAGUUCCUGCUGGUGAAAUCGCUGUGGAAAAAAGGCAGGAAGAGCAAGACAAAGGAGGCCUGGACUCCACCCCACAGCAGGACAGCCAGCGAGCCAGAUGCAGCCACAGCGUUUCUCCUAAAUCCUGCAUCCAAUGUGGAAGGAGAGCACAGAGGAGGAAAAGCCAGGAUGGGCACGAGGGAGGCAUCCCGAACAGGCUGAACAGUGAGGUGACGGGAAUGAGGAAAGAAAGGCAAAAGAAUGAAGAGGAGGAUAAGGGAGGCCUCGGCAAGUUAGAGUCUUCCAGCUCUGUUUUGACUGAACUAAACCCUGACCUAGAAUCUACCCGUUCUUACAGUGACUCCCACAACAGCUGCGAUGUGGGAGAAACAAGAGAAACUGAGAGCAGCGAGGGGCAGAAGACACAAGCUUCUCAGAGCAAGGAUGGCUAUUCAGAGGAACAAGGGGACAGAUACACUGAAGGAAAUAUCGUCACCCAUGGACAUUCUGGGUUGACUGAUAAUUUAAGACAUAAGAACAGCGUUACUGAGAGAAAACCAAGUGAAUGUCCCCGUGAAGAAGAAGGGGCUAAUGUAAACAGAUUUUCUGACCUCGAUGAAGCAGGUGAAGAAUCAGAGAAAAGGGCUGAGUGUGCAGAUGUUAAAGAUGAAAAGGAGAACAUCAGCGAGGCUCUUGAUGAAUUCUCCAGCUGGUGUGCAGUCUUUACGCCUGCCUCCAGCAGCACUGCAGUCGCCCUCAGUUUUAACAAGUCAGCCGCACCCAUAGAGGGCAGCGUCUGCAGUGCUGACCAUGAAACUUGUUGGGUUCAGGCUGAGCAGGAGCAGGAGAAUCACGUUGAGGGGUAUCAGCAAGAGGAAGAAAACUCUGGGGUCACGGGUGAAGAAGAACAGGCCAAUGAGAAAACCACUGUGAAUGAGGUAUUACAUAAUAAACCUCAAUCUGUGUUUAAAAAUGAGGAGGAAGUGUUACCUUCACCCCUCACAGAUGGAGAUCAUUCCAUCUCUGAGUCAGGCGAGAGGAUUGUGGCAGACAAGAGCAGCAAAUGUGGGACGAAAGAUGAGCUGGAGUCAGAAGAAGGAAAUUUAGAAGAGAGCCUCAAUCCUGAACAUGGAGACGGAGCUGGGGAAAUUUGGAAGUCGGAUGAAUGUAAAGGAGAAGUCACACUCAGAGAUAAUUAUGAAGGGACAGAGAUAAACCGUGCUUCAGAGGAAGACUGGCAGUUACAGGAGGUUGAAGAUGAACACAGGAAGUGGGAGAAGGAGGAUGGAUACACCUGUGCACAAACAAGCAUCGCCCCUGUUGAAACAAGUGGAGAGACUAACAUCACUAACACUGCCUGCACCAAUCUCCCCACCUCCCCUGUGCUCUCCCAGGCUAAUCCUGCCCCUUCCCUGCCCACCCUGGGAUCCAUGGCAACCGGCCUGCCCUGUCAGGAGGAGGAGGAGGCAGUCAGUGCAACAGCAGGAGACAGAGAAGGAGGCCAAGAAGGGAAGAGAAGAGAGCUGGAGGAGCAGGGUGAGGUGGAGAGUGGCUCCACUGUGGCCACUGACGAAGGGAGGAAGGAGGAGGAGGAAGAUGAGUUUGGAGUGUUCAUGCAGGCAGAGGGAGAGCCAGCCUGGAGCGAGGAGUUCACCAUGACUGCCUCAGUGCCUUGUGGGAGCAGAGAGAGUGUUGCACUUGGAAAGCAUGCUAUCACCAGUGAGUCGACCCUCUGGACGCCAGGCAAGACGGACAGCUCGUUCCCCCAGUCAGACGACACCUGGACAGCCUUCCCUCAGGAUUCAUCAGAUGAAGGUGGAGACGUUGUGGAGCAGUGGUGGCCAGCCAGUGCUGUGGAGGAGAGGAGAGACAGACUCUCAGCCAAUCAGAACCUGGCGGCUGUCUUUGCUGAAGCCUUCCCCUCAUUUACUGGUUCAUCCUCAAGUGACUCCUGUGACCUCAGUACUGUUCCCACACUGAGCCAGCUCCUCAGAGGCGGAGCAAGCCAAGACCAGGGGCUGUUGGACAGUUUCCACGACUUGAACAAAAUGAUCGGCCAGAGAUACAAGAGAGCCAACGGCGUGUCUCGUAACCUGCUGCUGAAGACUUUACACCUGGAGCAGCCGCACACUGAAAGCAGACCUGCUUCCUCGACAGCAAACUGCCGCCUCUCCCCUGGCCUCCCCUCAGCCAAUCAGCAUGCUCAACAUGCCGCUGCUAAGCGACGGCUGUCCUAUGACUACAACAGGAACAUCAUGGAGUAACUCUGUGGACCUCAGCUCUGGUUUGGCUGUCAGCAUUCACAAUGAAGGACUGCAAGUUUUAACAUGUUUCCCGAGGCUCCGGAUUCACAGCAUAUUAAACUGCAAGUCAAGCACUCAUCGACCUGCUGACUCUUUGCACACUUCCUGGUUAUUUAAGCCUGAGACAGUGAGGAGAGCCGGUGUCUCCUCCACCACCUGCUGAUGUAUACUGGGGGAGUGGUUUUUUUUAUAUCACGUGUUCAUCACCUUGUUCACUAUCACCACUACCACCCGUUAAGUCUCCACCUUAUCUACUGAGAUUCUUUGGAGCAUUGUGACCUGUUACAAGGUACAUGCCGCCACCUUAAAGGCCCUCUAAUUUUUUUCUCCUUUAACAGAAAUAGAUCUGAAGCAGCACUGCUUUUUGUCUCAAGGGUAGAAUAAAUAUAAAGGAGAUAAAACUCACAUGGGGUGAACUUAAAUAAUAAAAAUAAAUAUUUAAGGCAGAAGAAGUCACUUUGAUGAGUGACGAAACGCUUCUCCCACUGAAAUCGCUACGUCCAGAUGAACAGAAUCAACCUUUUGGGGUAUAUAAGACAUCGUUUUACAUACAUUGGCGGCCCUGUCAGUCAUGAUUUUUGGAAGGUUGACAUGCCGCUUGUUUAGCUUUCAUUUGCAGUCUCUUUAAAAGUUUGUGGUUUGUUUUUGUCGUGGAGAAAUGGAAGAGUGUAAUUGGGGCAAAAAGUUAUUGCUUCCAGUGAAAAGGGAAAGACCAUCUCUGAAUCGAGGAGGGGGCCUAAGGGUACAUCUUUCACCAUCUUACAAUGCUGUGAUUGCAGCCAUUCCCCAACUCUCUGUGAAUGGUACUCAUGGUCAUUGAUCAGUGGUUGUUGAUCAGGGGGUUUUGGUCAGUGGUUGUUGAUCAAUGGUCAUGGGAAUUUGCAUAAUUAUGAUUAAGGAACUGACCUCACAGCCCAUUGUUCCUUCAGUGGGCUGGUUUCAGUCAUUAUGCAAAUGUACUGUUUAUAAGAUUGGGGAAACCUGCAGUCAGCCGAGACUGAAGAAGUCACUUGGAUGAGUGACGAAACGUUUCUCCCACAAAACGCUACGUCCAGAUGAACAGAUUCAACUUUUGAAGAUUGCUUCCAGUGUUGCUGAUCUAACAGACAAAUAAAAUAAUGUUGCACUACACUACAGUUUAAAUUUGAAAUAGAUUUUUUUAUUAAGUAGGAAAAUCCCAGUUCUGAAAAACUGGCAUUCUUCAUAUACUAUAUGCUGUAUACUGUAAGCAUAUUCAUAGAAUAUGUCAGUUAGGCUGAAAGGGGAAGAACAUCUGGAGUUAUUGGUUAAGUUUCUAGCCAUUUAUAACUCAUGAAGACACAACUUUACUUCAUGCAAGGGGCCUUUAAGGCUUCUCCUUAUUUCCUGUCAUGUAUAUACUCUUACAUUGAUGGAUGCUCAUGUUAAACAUGGCCAAAGGUUCAAAUAUUGAGCCUAAAGCUCUGGCGUCAGACUACUCCAAACACUCAGUUUCAGAACAUUUUUUUUCUACUUUUUUCCUGCAUAUCAUUUCAGUCACACAGGUGUGGCUGUGAGCACUAAAGCCCCACCUACCUAUGUUCAAACCAAUCAGGAGAGGCUCUAAUACAGCUUUCAGACGGAGUAUGAGCUGGGCGGCUGCAUCGAUGACCAGUGUGAAUUUUGAAUGAGCAGAACAGGUACAAGACAAACUGUGUCAACAUGACAUUUUAAAUUACCCAAGCAUCUGUGCUUUUCAGUUAUUUCAAAUUGGACUAAUAAGCGAUUGUGAUGGAGGCAUACAUGUCUGUAUUAUUGAGUGCCAAGUCAGGUAAAUGGGAACUAUCCAGAAAACUAGAUUUGUAGUUAUAUUUCCAGCCAUGUUUUAUAAAAGUAGCAUAAAGUUUCAGUCUUCCUCCUGGAAAAGAUCUCUGAGUUUAAUUAGAGAAGAAGACUCGAUGACAUGAUGCUUGUUUUUGUUCUGUAGCUCCAUUAAUGUGGUGGCUUGACCCCUUGUAACAGCUUCACUCCUCUUCAGUUUUCCUGUCUGUAGCAGAAACCUCUACAGAUGUCACCAUCACCUGGAUUCAUGCACACGUUCAGUAGAAGUAACAGAAAAACCUUUUGUCUAGUCGUGUCAUCACACAGACGAUCAAAGUUGAGCAUUAUUAUUUUUUUCAAAAACCUAGAGCAGAUAUUAUAAUGAGUACUAAAGAAAGAUCAAGAUUGUUUUUGUUUUAAUUUUGUUUACAUUUGACAUUUUGAUGCAUGUGCUUUCAUUGUGUAUUUGCUACUGAAAAGCCAGUGACAGGAACAGGUCUCAACUUUGUUCUGGUUCCUCAGAGAAACAAGUUUGUCUUCCAGUUAGUGCCAACAGGAACACCAGAGAAAGUGCCAAUGUUUACGAGGUUAGGGAAGUGAUUUCAGGAGGAAAUGUUUGUCUUGUUUCUCAAACACACUGAAGUGGACUCAAACAAAAGCAUGUGAUGUUCCACCUUUUUCUUUCUUUCUGUCUCGCUUCUUGUCUGCCGAAUGUUUCAGUACAUUCGUUUUAGUUCAGCGCCGUUCUGUAGUCGAGUCCACUUCAUGGGCAAAACUUGAAUUUAGCUGCCAGUCAAAAUGAUAUUUUAUGAGAAUAUUGUUCACAUUAUGCCGAUCAUGCUAAUAUGUGUCACCUCAGAAAACUUUAAGUCGCUCUGUUGUGUAUUUCAAUUGUUAACUCUGUCAUCUGUGAUGAAAUUCAGAAUCAGUUGUGUGUGUGUGUGUGUGUGUGUGUGUGUGUGUGUGUGUGUGUGUGUGUGUGUGUGUGUGUGUGUGUGUGUGUGUGCCAUUUAUACAACAUUCAAAUUCUUGAAAAAAAUGGAUAUUUUCUGUCACAAUGAGGAGGAUCCAGCUGUCGCCUUGUUGACUGAUGUAAUAAAAUGAUACUGCGUGUUG